GGGCGCGCCCUUCCCUCGGCCCGGUCGAUUUGGGGCGUCACCGACGGGGGCGUUUCCCGAGACCACUGGGGAUCCCCGAGGCCGGGUAGCCGGAGGCCCGGACAGACGGACCCCGGGGCUGCGCGCCCGGCGGCUGCGGCCGGACGGGAGAAUCUCGCCGGCGGGGCAGCGUUGAGGAACUGCCGCACUUUGCGCCCGGGCGCAGCGCGCCGCCCGGCCGAGCCCAGGGCAGCGGCGCCACGCUUCUCCGCAGCCCGGCUCUGCGGGUCCCGCGCGGCGUCCGCGCCCGGGUCUCCCGCGUCCCGGCCGCGCGGGCCCGGGGGCACAGGGCGGUGCCGGCGGCGCUCCGGAGGCCGGGUUCUGCCCUCACGCCCACCCCAGACCGACAGUUCCGCGGGCCAGUGUUUCCCUCGCCUUCUUAAGUUUAAAGGAGGGACGGCGUGCCCCAAAUGUGGUGGAGAGCUGGGGAGAAUCCAGAGGACAUAUCGUAAUCAUUUCCUCCUUUACCUUCUUACUGCCAAGGCUGCAGGGAAGGGCCCUGCCUCCGCGAGGAACCGUUGGCGGUGAGACCAGCUCGGAAGGAAGACGUUGCCAUCACAGGUUGGGGCUCGGCUACAUUUCCAGAACCAUCUAGUCAAGAUGGUAGACACAGAAAGCCCGAUUUGCCCCCUCUCCCCACUCGAGGCUGAUGAUCUGGAAAGCCCAUUAUCUGAAGAAUUUCUACAAGAAAUGGGAAACAUCCAAGAGAUUUCUCAAUCCAUUGGUGAGGACAGUUCUGGAAGCUUUAGUUUUACAGAAUACCAGUAUUUAGGAAGUGGCCCAGGAUCUGAUGGAUCUGUUAUUACAGACACCCUCUCACCAGCUUCGAGCCCCUCGUCGGUCACUUACCCGGUGGCUCCCGGGAGUGCUGAUGAACCUUCCAGCAUAGCCUUGAACAUUGAAUGUAGAAUCUGUGGGGACAAAGCCUCAGGCUACCAUUACGGAGUUCACGCGUGUGAAGGUUGCAAGGGUUUCUUCCGGAGAACCAUCCGGCUGAAGCUGGCCUAUGACAAAUGUGACCGCAGCUGCAAGAUUCAGAAAAAGAACCGGAAUAAGUGCCAAUACUGUCGUUUCCACAAGUGCCUUUCGGUCGGGAUGUCCCAUAACGCAAUUCGCUUUGGACGCAUGCCAAGAUCUGAAAAAGCAAAACUGAAAGCGGAAAUUCUCACCUGUGAACAUGACCCAGAAGAUGCAGAAACGGCAGAUCUGAAGUCCCUCGCCAAGAGAAUUUACGAGGCCUACCUCAAGAACUUCAACAUGAACAAGGUCAAGGCCCGGGUCAUCCUCGCGGGGAAGGCCAGCAAUAACCCGCCCUUUGUCAUACACGACAUGGAGACAUUGUGUAUGGCUGAGAAGACUCUGGUGGCCAAGUUGGUGGCCAACGGCAUCCAGAACAAGGAGGCGGAAGUCCGCAUCUUCCACUGCUGCCAGUGCACGUCCGUGGAGACCGUCACCGAGCUCACCGAGUUCGCCAAGUCCAUCCCUGGCUUUGCCAACUUGGACUUGAAUGAUCAGGUCACUUUGCUGAAAUACGGAGUUUAUGAGGCCAUAUUUGCCAUGCUGUCUUCUGUGAUGAAUAAAGACGGGAUGCUGGUAGCAUAUGGAAAUGGCUUUAUAACUCGUGAAUUCCUAAAGAGCCUAAGGAAACCGUUUUGUGAUAUCAUGGAACCUAAGUUUGAUUUUGCAAUGAAGUUCAACGCGCUAGAGCUGGACGACAGUGAUAUCUCCCUUUUUGUGGCUGCUAUAAUUUGCUGUGGAGAUCGUCCCGGCCUUCUAAACGUGGGACACAUUGAAAAAAUGCAGGAGGGCAUUGUGCACGUGCUCAAACUUCACUUGCAGACCAACCACCCAGACAACACCUUCCUCUUCCCAAAACUCCUUCAAAAAAUGGCAGACCUCCGGCAGCUCGUCACAGAGCACGCGCAGCUCGUGCAGGUCAUCAAAAAGACGGAGUCUGACGCCGCCCUGCACCCGCUGCUGCAAGAAAUCUACAGGGACAUGUACUGAGGGCUUGAAAGUGAAACGCACAAGCCACGUGCCAAGGACUUCUAAAGUCAACAGCACUACAGAUGGGGAACGGGAGCAACAUCGCUUUGCACAAAUUCCACCAUUUUCACCUCAGAGAAUGGGACGGAUGAGCCCUAGGUAACCGGAACCCUAGACCACAUUUCUUUCUUUUUCACACCAGUACUUCUGAGAACGUGCAAAGUAUUAAAAUGCUGGUGACAGGUAGCUGAUAGGCAGUUCUUAGAAAAUUAAGGGGAAUGAUGCCCAGCGGUCUGAUUUUAACUCACCUGAUAUUAAUCAAUGCAGAUUUCUUGAUAUCACAUGAGUAACAUAGCGCUGAAUUAACUGGUGACCUCGAAAUACGUGGUCUGUCUUCGCCUUUUGCUGCCUUUUGACUGUUGCGCUCCCUUAUCAUUUUAAAAACUAAUCAGCACUUUUUAACUUUUAUAAUCCUGUAAAUCUAGAUGAAUCCAAAGGUUAGGUAUUUUUAAAAAACAGCAAAAUAUUUAUUGGGAAGACUCUAAUUCUGUUUCCUGAAUUUGAAGACAGACAACGUGCUGUUUCUUAAUCAUAGGAUUUAAAAUUUCAGAGGAUUCUUUGAUAAGCUAUCCAAACGCAGCAGUCGGUUGGUUUUCACUGUGUUCAUGGCUGUGACUUAAUAGGGCGGAAGGGCCUGUUUCCAGGUUUGUAUAGAAGAUCCCAGAAAGCCGCAUCUCAAGACUCCCCCUGGACUCGAUGCUCUGCCUGUUUCAAGCUGGCAUCUGGAGUCAGCAGGAGCAAGACAAACGGAAAGUAUGUCAGUUGUCCAUCCCUCUGACCUAUUUCCUAUCAAAUCAGAACCAACUGAGUCAGAUUGUUUGGGGGCCAUGAUAGCGUUUUCGGGGGCAAACUGACAAGUUGUUUGUCAGUGUUCCUCUGGGCCCCAUGUGUCAAGGCAGCUCCUUGGCCUUUUCCUGUGUUGCUUUUUAAAAUAUGCAGCUUUAUUUUAUUUUAUUUUUAAAGAUUUUAUUUAUUCAUUUAUUUGAGAGAGUGAGAGAGAGAGAGAGAGCACAUGAGAGGGGGGAAGGUCAGAGGGAGAAGCAGACUCCCCGCCGAGCAGGGAGCCCGAUGCGGGACUCGAUCCCGGGACUCCAGGAUCAUGACCCGAGCCGAAGGCAGUCGCCCAACCAACUGAGCCACCCAGGCACCCCGCAGCUUUAUUUUUUUAACUCUUGGUGGCAGUAGCUGCUCCCGAGAGUGUAGAAGGCAAGGCAAACAGGACUUUGGAGCGUGGGCCCCAAGGGGACCACGUGGAGAAUGAGGGGGACAGGCACAGAGUCCUUCAUGGGGCAGUUUUCCAGUUACAUAGGGAAGGCGGCUUUCCCAACAUCUGAAAUAUUUGUUUCAGCCUCAAAGAUCAUUUCUCAACCCGGUCUGGUUAUGAAAGCAGUGUUAAUAGUGGUUUUCGUCCCAGAGCAUAUGGACCUGGAAAGACUCUUUCUGUCCACCGUGGUAUGUAAAUGUCCUGUCAGGGGAUUUACAGCAGCCCUGCCCUGCAGGCCAGCCCGACCUGAGCUGACACCUCCGCAAGGGUGUCACUGGCCACCUGCCCCUGACCCCCUGCCUCAUGGCAGCUCGUCGUAGCACCUGGUUGUACCUUUGGCACCCCUCCCCCUCCGUCUCUAGAAAACGUGGCUCUAGAAGGUCGCUAUACUUGCUCUGGAAGAAUGAUUAGGAUUGAACUUGAUAAAGUUCCCAAGGUCAGCAUCAAGGAAAUUCAACAGGAGAGAGAACGAUAAAACUGUAAGGUUUCAACUAGAAAAGGCGAACACAUGUGCCCGUGAAAACGGGCACAUCCUCCUCAAAAUUAAACCUUAGUGGUAGUUUUCAUUUUUAUUUUGUUGAGAGAGCCAAUCAAAGGAUCUGUUGGAAGCAGAUAAAAGUAUUUCCACGUAUGAAUGAUACCUGUCCAGAGGUCAUCCCGAGUCAGAGGGCACGCACGUCCAUGUGGGCGUUCUUCCCUAAGACAAGGCCCCUCGGGCUGGUGCCACGUCUGUGUUGCCUCUGUCGACCACUGGCCUCUCUUCUCAGGUGUCCCAGGUAGAUGCCAUUGGUGGACGUGGCCUCAGAAAGGGACCCUCAAGACCCAGGCUUUCAGAAAAGUCGCUCGCUCUGGUUCUGUUCUCAUAAAACUUAUUUUUAAAAGCUCUUUAUUUCAUGCAUUCUGCCGCCGAAGUCACCGGGUUCUGUAGUGCUAGUGUUAGUGAGCCUUUGGCUCUCUUGGGGCCCGGCUAGGCUCCCAGCGAUGUUCCCGGUGAGGCCACGAAGGAGGCUGCAGAGAGCGCAGCUCGAAAGUCACUUGAAUUCGUUCACUGGUACCGAUGGGAAGAAAAUCACAGAUUCCCGUUCAUUUUAAGUAACAGUCACUGAUUGCCACGCAGAAUGUUCGGGCCAUCUAAUCAAAGAUUUCUCAGUCCACCGACAGUCAGAUACAGACAAAUUAUUCACCCGUUCAGAAUACUGUCGCAUUUCCAGUAGGGACUCGUUAAAGCGCAUUUAUUGCCUGCUGGAUUUCAGCAGACAUCAGCACGAAGUGGGGUAGAUAUGACAGAACAGGUUCGAGAAGCCUCAGACCAGAGCACGGAGCCCCUCCUCUGCUGGGGAGCUCGGCCCGCGGUGCAGCUCCCCUCGCUACCACCUUGAUGCCCUUUGGCAAGUCACUGUUUGUAGCCACAAGUGCCACAUGCCUCAGAGACCACAAAAUUACACCCAGCCUUCGUCUGCAGGGCUGAGAAGGAACGAGUCCUGAACUCAGCAGGCAGCUCCAGCUCCGGAGCCGGCCUGGCCCGCUCUCCCCAGUCCUUUUCGUCCUCCCAGGCAUUUCCAGCUGGGUGUCCCACACACGGAAUCCUGCCCCUGCCACCUUGAGGGCCGCACACACCAGUGGCCGUCUUGGGGAAGCCCAGCAGCAUCAAAACCAGGAUGCUGGCAACUGCAUCAGCACAAGUGAGAGGCAGGGCAGUGUGGGAAUCAUCAAAGCGCCAGUGAGCCGCUCCUUCCUUCCCGCCUUGCUCUCGAGUUUCCCUGUGGCCUUCCUGUAACUCUCGGAUGAGAUGCACUCCAAGCAUCUCCCUAAAGAGUAGGUGUACAUAUGGCAAUAAGAAUGUGAAGUCCAGGAGAAGAACCUUGGUGCAUGGUGCAUUCAGGAAUGCUUGUGAGAGCGAUCCUUGUUUUAAAGGGACUCUUCAUUUUAAGAGCAAGCAUGUAUCCUUCUGCAUUUCGGAUGCAUUUCUUACUGAAACUCUAAGGGAGCGAACAGCCUCAAGGAUCAUGUGGGGGUUCCAGAGACAGGGCGGCGUCCUAAGAUCUGAGCAGAAGCUCAAGGCACAAGUAAAAUCCUUUGUUUAAUGUGCGAUAAGUAGAUUAUUAAUUUAGCAACUACUGUUUCCCCAAAUCUACAGCAUAACCGCUACCUCAAUAUGAUACAUCAAAAGGCACAGUUAAAAUUAAGGUACACGAAACACUCGGGGUCCUUCUGGAGCAUCUAUAGUCAGAUCAUUUAUGAAUAAGAUUCAGAAGUUACACACCUUUGCUUGAUUGCACGCUGAGAGGCAGAAGGUCAUGUGACUUCUUAAAGGCACUUCGGUUGAGCCUCCAAGAUACACAUGUGCAGAAGUUGCUGCCCCCAGUUUGGGUGAGUUGGAGCAUGACCCAGGUCUGGAAGUGGGAACAGUCACUGGCCGCAGUGACCCGCCCUGUGGAGGGCCUCCCCUGCUCCUCGGCUGCACCUGCUGGCCGAGGCAGCCUGCUCAGGGAGAGACCCUGCCAGAUGAGGCUGGAAGCAGAUGCCUCCGGGCCGACUUAGCCGGGCUGUGACUUUUCAAGGCGCACUUGGGCCUCCUUGCUGCUUCUGGGCACUUCCUUCCUCGUGCUCCCUUCUUCAAGCCACAGCAGCACCAAGCACAUUUGAUACCUAGCCACUGCAUACACGAUGGAGGGUGGUUUUUUGGUUUGUUUUUGUCUCGACCCAGUGGCCACACCCGUCUCUGGAAUGUCUUACAAAUGCCUGUUUCAAGAGGGGUACACUGUUUUGACCAACCUGCACUGCAGGUGUUCCUGGAGGGGCCACUUACUGAAAGCCUUUAAGUUCACAGCAGUGUGUCCAUUCAGGAUGGCAAGGACAUCCCACUGUCUGUGGAAGUCACCAGCUACGAUCGAUGCCAGCCACCGAGGGCUUACUGAUUAUUAAGUGUCCGUGGAAGUUUCUUCCCACGUACCCAGUCUUUAUAGCACAGGCACAGCCCAGCACCGGGUGACUCCAAAGCCAGGCUCUCUGUACUUGUUCUUCUCCUUUUAAAAAAAAGUGGCCCAGCUUCUCUUAACUCUUGGUCCAAGCUGAUGUAUAGGGGUCCCCCUGGGAUUAAGGAUUCUUGCCAGGCUCCAAAGGUUGAGUCUACAUUUUUUGCUGGGAUAUAUAUAUGCCAUUUUAACAGAAUUCAGGAAAAUGGUCAUUGACCCCCAGCCUGUGACACACACCAGAGUAAGGAUAAAGGCAGUGAACUUUCCUCUGACUCAGGAUAGAGGAGAUCCAUUACAUUUCUCUGGAAACCACAAUGCAAAUUAGAGGGGAUACUGAAAGUUGAAAAGACAAUGAGUCUUCAUGCGUUAGUUUAAAGAAUUACAGAAUUCUUUCCACGAUGCUGUUUUGUGGAGUGCAGCUGGGUGUCUUAAUACUCCCAUGGAGUGGGCUGAGGCUCAUAAAGGCUGUGGGUGUGGCCCACGUAAUCGGACAGCAACUGAGAGGCUAGCAGCCUGAGGCCUGGGACACCUUCUCAGGUCUAGCAUGGGGCUCUCAGCAGACCAUUUGCUUCUCAACAUUUCAGGCUGAGACAAAGACAAGUGUCACCGUGUAACUACCCCACCUCGGGAAAACGGGGGUGGGGAGGACAGGGACCAUAUAAUGUGGCUCAGCUGAAAUACAUACAGCCACAUCCUUUUGGAAUUCCUUGCCAAACAGAACAGACCAAACUGCACCCAUGUUCAAUGUCACGUCUUGAUUGAAGCAAUGGAGAAUGUCAAGGACUCCAGGGGCCCCCUAGCUGUUCAAUGCCUUAUUUGCCAAAAGAAAAGAAAAAAAAAAAAAAAAAACCACUAAGAAACUUUUUUUUUUUAACAUCAGAGAUAGGGUUAAGACCUGGAUCAGGUUUUUUUAAUUUAAAAUGUUUGCUAUUUUGGGUCAAAUGUGAAGAACUUCCCCAAGUGCUUCUCUGGAGAAGGAAUAUACUAGCCUCCUCCUCCCUUACCCUUCUCCCCACACCCAACAUCUAAACUUUGCUAAUUCGACAAACUGCGGCACCAUGGAGACCAGUGCAGGGACCCGCCCUCCACCAUGAGCCCGGAGGUGAGGGCUCUUGCCCCCAGGGGGUCCCCCGGCCUCAGCAUGGCCUUCUCAGGGCAGGGAGGUCAAGCUUCGGGCCCUGAAGACAAGUGAGUGACCGAUCUUUCCAAAGUAAAAUCAUUCACUUUUGGAAACUAUCUUCUCUUUUUAAAAGCACAGACAGUCUGUUCCUUUUUUUCAGGCCUAAAAAAACAAAGGAAAAAAAAAAAGUACCUCACAAUAGAUGAAUACCACUCAGUACCCUUUCCAGUAAGGUCACAGUAUUUGUGUUUGUCAUUUUUCCUACACUGUAUGGUAAAAUGAACUAUGUUAAUAGCUAUAUCUUAAAUACUGUGAUUCAAGUUUAAGAAAAAUUUUAGUGUAUUUUACUAACUUACAAUCCUGCAUCUAAUAACAAAGAUUUGGAUUCUUUUGAAAUCAGUAUUAGUUGACACACACUCUUAGUAGCCUGGCUCAUGGAACCUACUGGAAACACAAAGGAUGCUGGAAUAUAACUGACAUACAGUUGCAUACACAUGUGCACACAUACACAGCUUUUUGUCUCUCCCAAGCCAUGCAGAAUUUUAUUUCCCCGUGUAAAUCUGUUCCCUUCGUCAUGAGUCACAUGCGAGUACAAGCGAGUCUGUUUUCACCGUCUCUUCUGGCAAGGGGGCCAGAGACCCAGGUCCAGAGUCACUUACUGCUCCCAGCAGUGUCCUGCUGAAGACCUGAACUAUUCCUGGGUCGUGGGUCACGGUCUGUUCUUCAGGAAAUUAUUACCUGUGGGUUAUUACCAAAGCACUCAGGCAAUCCGAAAUCUUCGGGUGGGAUAUUUGCACCGCUGGUUGUCUGGCAGCCCCCCGAUGGCCCAGCCCGAAGCAUACAAUGGAAACCACAGACCCCGUGAGGCUCCUGUGGGUCGUUCGCAGUAUCUCGGCAGAACUUCUUCAUGUCCACAGGGCCAUGGCACUGAGAGUGUCUGACUGACACAUGUCAGAACAUCAGAUGGAUGCAGAUUUCCAAAGCAAGACUGAGCUUGGUUUCUUGGUGUGUUUGUUACCACUCUGGUGCCUUAUACUCUCCCAAGUAUUCAGGGGCUGACAGACCCCUCGUCUUCAUACUAAACAGGAGCAGUUCCAAAGCAGAUCUUUUAGAGCAGGUUCUGGGGUUCUCUCUCUGGGUCUGGAGAGGGGGGCAUCCAUCCAGGGCCUCAGGGAACAGGGGUGUGCACAGAAGAGCAAAUGGAAUCUUCCGAGUCACAUUAACCAAUAGCGGUUCCAAGCAAUUAGAAAAUGACUGUAACUUUAAUUUUUAAAAAAUCUUCGGUCUUAUUCUGUUUCCUGCUAGGAGAUUGAAUUGAUCACGUAUGUUGAUUAAUAUCCUGAAUUUAUGGGAAUGUACAGGUUUGGAAUGUCCUACUGUAAGACUGAUGAAUGUAAGGAGUUAAUUUCAGGGUAUAGUGUUGCCUUAAUGGUUUUAAAAAAUAAAACUCUUUUUUAAAAUUG